AUGGUCUUGCCCAAUUCAGCCUCCCGGCAAGACCGGUUUUCGGCACGCGGCGGCAACCAAUCUCCGCACGUCCUCUACUCCAUGCUCAAUGACGAUGGCAGCUUAGGCCGGACGAAAGGGCCUUGGUGGCAGCGAAUAUGGCUAGCAGUAUGCUGGAUAUUCUCAAGUGCAUACGCGCGAAUUCUUCUCCUGUUCGGCAUCCGAAGACCGAGAAAGUCCAGCCCGUCAGUCACGGUAGAGGAGGCGGAAGAAGCUUACGAGUUAGAAGAGGAUGAUGAAACGCUCCCGGCGAUAGCUGACAAUGAUCAGAGCACAUCCGAUGGGGGAGAGCCAAGAUAUCAGAGAACGAAUUUUGCUCGCUCGAAAAGCGAUGGGGCGCCCCUUGGACGGAACAAGGACAAACGCGGCCGGGGCACCAGCUUGUUUUCUAAAGUUAAAAGAAAUGUUGAAGAACGCUUGGAAACAAUGCGAAAUUCCGACAGCGCCAAAAGAAUGACGUCCGGAAGCCCUUCGACCAGCGGCGUGGCCUCUUCGUCGGGAAUGACCUCUUCCAACUCCUCAUUCGAUCGGUUGAUCACGAAAGGAGUGAGUGCUGGACGAGCAAUUCGCGAGACGAUUCAGAACCUGAACGAGCGGGGCGACAGAUUGGAAGGUGCCGAUGAUGCCACAGAGCGAUUGGCCGAAUCAACAAGAAAUUAUGCCGAGACUUCCUCCGCUCUCCUACAAAAAUAUCAAAAGAAAAGGGGUUUCUUCGGU